GUUCUCACUGCAUUCUUUGCAUAAUGGUGAGAGCUAAGAACUUGGUAAAUGGCGAAUGCACAAAGAGCAAGCUUUGGCUUGUGGAUUUGGCAGGGAGUGAGAGACUCGCAAAGACUGACGUGCAAGGUGAUCGCCUCAAGGAAGCUCAAAACAUCAACAGAUCACUUUCAGCUUUAGGAGAUGUGGUGUCGGCUUUAGCCAAUAAAAGCAGCCACAUUCCAUACAGGAACUCGAAGCUGACACAUCUACUUCAAGAUUCAUUAGGUGGUGACUCCAAGGCAUUGAUGUUUGUACAAAUCAGUCCUUCGGACAAGGAUUUAAGUGAAACUUUGAGCUCAUUAAAUUUUGCUACCAGAGUCCGAGGGGUCGAGUUGGGACCCGUAAGGAAACAAAUCGAUACAAGUGAACUCCAAAAAAUGAAAGCAAUGCUUGACAAGGCACGCCAUGAUUCUAGGUCCAAAGAUGAGUCCCUAAAGAAGCUUGAAGACAGCUUGCGGAUCUUAGAGAGUAAGACCAGAGAGAAGGAGCAGGCUUGGAAAAGCCAACAAGAUGAAAUCAAGGAAUUGAAAGGCCAACUUGAAUCAAAGAUGUCUUUGCAUUCCCAGUCCGAAAAACAGAUCCUUCUCAUGUCUGAUAGAUUGAAGGGCAGUGAAGAGAUGUGCUCUACUCUUCAACAAAAGGUCACUGAUCUGGAGAAGAAGCUGAGGGAGCAAGAACAGUUAGAUUAUGAGAACUACAAGAACAAGAUCAAGGAUCUUGAAAAGAAGCUGAAGGAACAAUUACAAGAAUCUGAGGCUCAUUCUAUCAUCCUUCAACUUAAGGUUGAUGAGCUAGAGAAGAAACUGAAAGAACAGGAAAAGAACUCAGAGGAGCUAGAGAAGAAACUGAAAGAAGAGCAGGAAAAGAACUCCACCAUACCACCACUGCAAGAAAAGGUGGAAGAAAAGAAAGGGAAAAAAGAAGAGCACCCGGCAGAAGCAAUGGAUGAAACAACAGACGACCACCACCACCACAUUCUCAAGAACUCGAACGCGGUCAACUGCCAGAAGAAGGAACUGUCUGUUCAACGGAAGCGGAUGUCGACAAACGGCGAAGCAGAGAACAGCGCCGCCAUGCCACCAACAAGCAAGAGGAAGGAGCACGAAACUCCUGUGGCGCAGCAGCAUGAAGUGAGGAGGAGGAAGAGGGUGUCCAAAAACGAGGUGGAGAACAAUGGGUUUUUGGGUACGGGCGAGAGGAGGGGCAGGAAAUCUGACCCUCCAAAACUGUUUGGUGGGGGCGUGAAACCCCCCACUCCCAAGCCAAGCCUCGUACCGUUUGCGGCAGCUCAGAGGACGUUGCAGCCCCGUGGUAGGGGAGGAGAUCCGGUCCAGGGAGUUAAGGAGAGGGAUUCCAAGAAAAGGAUCUGGUCAAGAUGAUAAUAAUAUUCAUAAGUUUAG